AUGAACUGGGCUUUCUUUCAAGGACUAGUUAGUGGUGUUAAUAAAUAUUCCACCGCUUUUGGCCGUAUCUGGUUGUCUGUGGUGUUCAUCUUCCGUCUGAUGGUGCUUUUGGUUGCAGCUGAGAAGGUUUGGGGUGAUGAGCAGAAGGACUUUGACUGCAACACCAGGGAGCCAGGCUGCCACAAUGUCUGUUAUGACCAUUUCUUCCCCAUCUCUCAUUCUCGUCUGUGGGCUCUGCAGCUCAUCUUUGUCACCUGCCCAUCUCUCCUUGUCGUCCUGCAUGUGGCAUAUCGGAAGGACCGUGAGAAGAAGCAUGAGCUGAAAUAUGGUGAGGGCUGUCCCCAUCUCUACCAAAACACCAGUAAAAAACGAGGGGGACUGUGGUGGACAUAUCUCUUCAGCCUUAUAUUCAAGAUGUCUGUGGAUGCUAUCUUCAUUUUCCUUGUGUUUCACAUUUAUGAGGCCAGCUUCUUUCCUUUGCUGGUGAGAUGUCAUGAGGCUCCCUGCCCUCAAGUGACAGACUGCUACAUCGGUCGUCCGACAGAGAAACGCAUCUUCACAGUCUUUCUGGUGGUGGUCAGUUUGGUCUGCAUCCUGCUGACUCUGUGUGAGAUAUUGUACCUCAUUUGUAAGCGUUGCCGUGAAUGUGUUGUCUCACACAAACUCAACAACCAUGUGAACCAGACUGCAGUUGUCUCUUCACUGGCAAGCAAACAUAAUGAAGAUAACAUGCAAGAGUUUUCUCUGUUAGACAAAGUUAAUGGUCAUACCGCAACUGAGGAAGACAGUGCUCCUGCUUACGGCUUGGUAUUCUCUUGAAUUUGAUCAACUAAAAGAAAAAAUAUAGCUUUUAUGCACCUGUGAGAGUGUGUACGUGUGUUUCUGUCUAUGUGUUACAAUGUCUUAAUAUCACUAAGAGAAAGAAUAUGAGUGUGCUAAGUAUGCACAUGACUAUACACCUUUUCUUUAAUUAAUCCUAAAAUCCUUCUGUAUUUUGUUCUGUUUUUAAGGUAUUGUAAUUAUAGAGAUUGAUAUAAUAAAUUGUAAUAAAACUUGAA